GGGGGACGCAUUUACUGAUGCACAGCUGACGGAGGGCGGCUAAAAUCCUACCGGGCUUGGUGUGAGCCGGGGCAGGAGGAGAGUGCGGAGCAUCCCUACUAAGUUUUUCUGGAACAUUAGUCACAAUGCCCACAGUGGUGGUGAUGGACGUCUCCCUCUCCAUGACCAGGCCGGUCCCUGUGGAAGGGACAGAGGACUUCCAGCGCAAGCAUUUGGCAGCCCAUGGCCUCACUAUGCUCUUUGAGCACAUGGCAACCAACUACAAGCUGGAGUUCACUGCAUUAGUGGUCUUCUCUUCAUUGUGGGAGCUGGUGGUACCGUUCACCAGGGACUACAACACCCUUCAGGAAGCUUUGAGUAACAUCGAUGAUUAUGACAAGACCUGCUUAGAGUCAGCACUGCAAGGAGUGUCCAGUGUGGUCCAACAAGAAUGGGGGGCCUCUAUUCCUUGCCAGGUUGUACUGGUCACAGAUGGAUGUCUGGGCAUCGGAAGGGGCUCUCUUCACAACUCCCUGUCAUCUUUGAGCCAGCGCAGUGACAGCAACCGAUUCCCUCUGCCAUUCCCUUUCCCUUCCAAACUUUACGUUAUGUGCAUGGCGAAUCUAGAAGAGCUCCAAAACUCUGAUUCAUUGGACUGUCUUGAAAGGCUUAUUGAUCUGAAUAAUGGAGAAGGUCAAAUCUUUACAAUUGAUGGACCUCUGUGCUUGAAGAACGUCCAGUCGAUGUUUGGAAAACUCAUUGAUGUGGCAUACACUCCAUUCCACGCGGUCCUCAAGUGUGGGAACCUCUCUUCAGAUGUCCAAGUGUUCCCUAGGCCCGAACCAGUUGUCCUAGACGAAGAGAUAGACCCAAUGCCCAAAUCCAUUAACACAGAAUUGGAAAUUGUGGGCUUCAUUGACAUUGCUGACAUUUCAAGCCCUCCUGUCUUGUCCCGACACCUAGUUCUACCUAUUGCCCUCAACAAAGAGGGAGAUGAUUUGGGGGCUGGACUCACUGAUGAUCUUGAAGAUGAAAAUUCUGCAAGUCAAAUUGCAGGCAAAAGUCCGAAUUUUUGUGUCUUGCUCCAUGGUAGUCUGAAAGUAGAGGGAAUGGUGGCUUUAGUGCAGCUUGGACCGGACUGGCACGGGAUGCUUUAUUCUCAAGCUGAUAGCAAGAAGAAAUCAAAUUUAAUGAUGUCGUUGUUUGAGCCCGAUAUUGAGCCACUACCGUGGCUGGGGAAAACAUCUCAGCUUGGACCCAUAUCAGAUGCCAAAGAGAACCCAUAUGGAGAGGAGGACAAUAAGAGUCCGUUUCCUUUGCAACCAAAGUCAAAAAGAAGCUAUGCACAGAAUGUGACAGUGUGGAUUAAACCUAGCGGACUGCAGACUGAUGUGCAGAAGAUCCUGAGGAAUGCCAGGAAACUUCCAGAGAAGACUCAAACCUUCUAUAAGGAACUGAAUCGACUGAGGAAAGCAGCCCUUGCCUUUGGAUUCCUGGACUUGCUAAAGGGAGUGUCUGAUAUGUUGGAACGAGAGUGCACUCUGCUGCCGGACUCGGCUCACCCGGAUGCGGCCUUCCAGCUCUCGCAUGCAGCGGCACAGCUCAAACUGGCCAGCACCGGGAGCUCUGAACAUGCGGCUUAUGACCAGAAUAUAGUACCUCUGCAAACAGACUUCUCUGGACGAGGCUGUGAUAGGAUGUGAGGAACUGGUUCUUGUGGUAUUUAGUGAAGAUUUAGCAUCGUUCAUGGUGACGGCUUUGGCUACAUGAGUGAAGCAUACAGCACCACACAACAGGAAGCCGAUACUGAAUGGUCAGAGGCCGGACAGAAAGGACCAUUGGUAGCGGUUAAAAUAAAAUGAAUGGACAUUAGGAUUACAGCAAGGAGUCUUCAGAUCCUGUGUAUGUGAGCUGCUGGAAGACUUGUACAUAUUACUAUACUGGCUUUAAGAACACAACAGGUGUGGUUCCCUCCAGAAAUAUCGCUUUUUAUCACUUUUUUAACAUUCCAUGCAUGGGGCACUACACCAUAACACGGAGGUAAAAGUACUGGACUAUCGACUACUGGUAGAAUACCUAAACCCCAGACUAUGGAAGUGAUUUGGACUUUUUUCCUAUUUGUACAGGAGGAGAUUUUUCUACACCUAAAAAUAUGACAAGAUUUUUUUUUUUUUAAAAGACAAAUUCUGGCCUUCAUCUAUUCAGUGCAGUCUUGAAAAUGAGAAGUGACAUGAUUGAGCAGAGAACCAUUCUUAUGCAUAACGCUCUUUACACUGCCCGAUGUUUCGGCAAAUUAUCACUAAAAAGGGCUUGUACAAGCGUUAAGUUAGUGAUAAUCUGCCAGUGUAAAGGUCCUGACAAUUACCUGAUGAUCGAGGGAAACGCUCAUUCCAGGGGUGCACCACCAAUGAGGCCAGGUGAGGUGAUCGCCUCAGGCAGCGCCAGUUAGGGGCAAGAGGGGGGCAGCGGAAGGGCCAUGAGCAAUGAUCGCUUUCAUUGUGGCAAAGGGGUUGGGUUAAGAAAUUGGCAGUGGGAGGGGCGCUGUUUCAGUUUUCGCCUCAGACAGCAGAAAGACUAGGUGAGCCAGGUCAUCAGGUAAUAUGAUCCUUGGUGUGGACACCUAAAUCAUUUGCUGGCAGCAGAUCGUGCCUUCUAAACAGCACAAUGAUUCUGAAUGGGGACGAGUGAUGGCAUUAGCAAUCGCUCCUCCCCAUACUGUGGAAGAGAUCGCUGCAUGUGAUUCUUGGGAAGAAAUGCUACCUUCCUGACAAUCGCUUGCUACAUUGGGCCACAUAAAGCCCUUUAGGUUUCUAGGAUUAUAAUUAUCGUUAGUGCUGCCUUACCUUAGAUACUGUGUAAAUACUCGAGCAGUUACUACCUGAUCCAUCAAUGUCAUUGAAUGAAUUUUCUAUGUAUUACAAACAUCCCCCCACCCCUGCUCAUUUUGUGUGGACCCGUCAAAAUACCCACUUUAUAAUGUACUCACCAUUUCAAAGUGCUGUGUAUCCACUGCUUUCCGAACCAUGACUUGAUGUCACAUCCAUCUUUGUAUGCCUGAAGUCUCUGGCCUGGACGGGCAUGUCAUGGUGGCUCUGCAGUGGAUGGGACUGUAAUCCUCUGGACUGAAUCCUUCAUCAGCAUACGCUGAUGCGGAGAGUCUGCUUUGCGCAUGUGCUGAUAGAUGAGUGUUGGAAGAUUGGGAAGUUAUGGAAAAAUAACUUUUGCUGAAUAUU